AUAUAUUCAUAACUCGCGUUACAACAGAUGAUCGGUAAAUGGAAGGUCAUCGAAAAUCAUAAGAUAAUUCCGUGAAAUCUUUUCUUAUAGAGAGGUUAUAAUCUGUUCAAAAGGUAUGUAAUUGUUUUCUUAAAAGUAAUGAACAAAACGUUUUUGAAAACCGUUAUGAUUUCGACGAAAGUAGAUCGCAUUUUUACUUCGCGUAUUUCCGCGCGACCUGAUAUCGGGUUUACAAGCAGAGUAUGUUACAAUCUGAGAUACGGACUACAGAAGAGGUCUGUCGAUUUUAAGGCUGUCUUUCUAUAUUUGAAGAUUCAGUUUGUUUAGGCUUAGUUGUGAAUAAUGUGGAAAAAAAAGACGGGAAAACUAAGGAAUAAUUUUGUGGAGAUCAUAUUUCAUGUUGGCUGUCGUACAUUCAUUUUGCUGUGUAAACAAAUUUUCUUUUGUAAUCAAAAUCAACUGUAAUCUGGUAUGCAGUUAGAAAGAAACAAAUAUACAUAUUUUUUUUAUAAUUCUUACCUGUAAAACGCUCUGAGGUUGAGCGAGUAAACUUAGAAUCUAAUUCCAAAAAUGUUUUGUGAGGUCGUGAGAUUACCUGUGUAAACAAUGUUACCCCGAUCUUGAGCAAACAAUGGGUUUCAAUUUUCGAAAUCGUGUGAAAUUACGCCCCGCUGAUCUCCCCUACAUUCCGUACUCUUGGUAGUUUUAGGGCUAAAAAUUCAAGAUGAGCAAGGACUAUGUUACGCUGGGUGUUCAACGAGAAUCUCUGAUAAAUAAUCCUCUUCUACAAAAGGUAACAACCACUUUACAUGUAUUGCCUUUUUUUUUCCUAUAAUCGACAAGAGUUAUCAGGGGUCAUUUGAGGGGGAGGUGGUGUACAGCAGCUUGCAAGUGAUAAAAUGGUUGAAAUACUAGUGCAAGCUUCAAAUGGACAAUACCCAAACAAAACGUCUCAAAGUUUUUUACUCAGACAUGCUCAUUAUUUCCCCUAGGAUGUUCAAAGAGGGUGGGGGGGGUGGAUGGGGUAGAUGCAAUUCAGAUCUUAGCCUGAAGUAUGUUUCUUGGGAAUUUCCUGUAAUGCAAAUUGUGUUAUUUUUCCUGGACACUUGGGCCAUAUUUCUAUGUGAUCAUCUGCAUCAUCCCAAUCAUUCCUGUUUUCUAGACAACUGAGACAAUACCAGCAAUCAUAUGGAAAGCAGCCUAAAGCAUAAACUCUGUUCAGUGUAGAAAUUUCCCUUUGUCAUGUUUUUUCUUCCAUUUAUUGUGCCUGGUUUCCUGGUGAUCACUGCAUUACCAACCUGCAUUAUCAUGGAGAAACCAGAGCUUUUUUUGUCAAAAGAUGGAGUGGUGUUGUGAGGAUUUCAUUAUAUCAUGAGUAUACCUAAUGUAAAUCUUUUGCCAUUAUUUCAUAAAUCACAAUUUCUUUCAAGUCUAUUUAUACAAGCAAUAUAAUACUUUUUAGUCUGAACUUGGAAGACCACUGCGGCGUUGCUUUACCCUUCCCCCUGAUGGGUUUACUUAUGGAAAGCCAAAUGAAGGAAAGGACAGCGGUGCCGCUGAUGGUAAGUACAUUUACACUCCACUACUGAGCUCUAGCUUGUUUACAGCUGUCCCCUACCCUCCAAAGAAAAAUUGGGAGGGUGGAGGCGAGGCUGCAUAGAGGUCAUUAAGCUCAAAAUUUACCAUAUUUUACCCUCAAAGGUUACACUUUAUAAGUUAUAUAAUCAUUGUUGCAUUAUUAUUAAUACUAAUUCAGUGGUUACACUACAAGUGCAUUUUUUUUCUCUUUUAGCACUUGUAUGGAGGUCUGCCCCACUGGCUCCCCUUUAUCUUAAGGAGAAAAAAGCUCCAAGAGAUUUUAUUGGAUUAAAUAAAGGUGCAGUUCAAGCCGGCCUUACAACAGCUCAGGAACAUUUUCAGUACCGUGCCACACAUGACAUGAGGAGGAAAGACUCUGGCAAUGAAAAGACAUCAUUAAAAGUUAAAAGAAUCCCACCUACAAUGGUCUUUGGUAUUCCUACAAAGUAUGUUUAACUUAUUGAAAUAUGGCCAUGUCUCAAAAUUUAACAAAACAUUGUCAGAUAAUUUUUGGUUAUGUUUUAAAAUGGGAAAGCGAUAAAAGCUUGUGUUUCUUAGAUCACUUUUUUCUGUUAUUCAACCACUCACCAUAAUCCAAAAAUGUAAACCUGAAAUUAUGGAAAUGGUUUGUUAUGUAGGUUGUUUAUAAUUAUGAAAUUGCUCACAAAAUGAGUAACCACCUCACAUCAGUAGUUUUUUCUUGUUAUUAAUAAAAUUCGAAUUGUCUCUAUGUAGACCUUCCACUCCAGUUUAUGAUCUUCUGGGACAUAAAUAUCAGGACCGCUGGAUAGAAGAAAGACGGAAAGCUGAGGGAGCAGCCAGAGCAAGGCAAGAGCAGAAGGUAUUAUGCACAAAUGAACAGUUUUCUGUGUUUUUAUUUCAAAAUUGUACUUAAAUUCUUUAAAUGUACUUCCAACUCCUAUUCUGAGGCAUACAGUAAACAGCUCAUAAAUUUAGGUUCUAAGUAUAAACUUAACGUUAUGCCAUCAAGUUGACCAAUUUUUUGUUGUUUUUGUUGUUUUUGUCUCUAGAGACAUGUUGAUAAAACCAUCUAUGAGACAAGGACUUCACUGCUUAGAAAAUACCAACCCCCUGUGGAUCCAUCUCCACUAUGGCACAUGAAGAAGUUUGAAAAGGUAAUUGUUUAAGUUUGUAAUAUAUAGUUUACUGUGACACUAGUACAUACACUGCAUAUGGUAAAUACACUGCAUAUUAUGAGAGUUCAUACAUGAAAACUCUCAACAAUGAAUGAUAUGGCAACUCAGAAGCCUAGAAAAAAAUCAGUCUACAAGCAAGCCCUCCUAAUAAUCACUGCUGGACAUACAUUUCUCUUCCUAAAGAAAGAUUUGAGAUGAAUCUGAAAGAGGUGCGGCAUUUUCAGUGCUACAUGUGGACCCCUUUCAUACCUGUUGUCAGCAUAUAUUGCUCAAGGUUUCAGACUUUCCCUCAGGCAAACAGAGUUUUUACCCUUUUUCAGAAACAAAUUUCAAGGACUUUUCCAGGACUCCAAUUGAUUUCCCCAUGACUCUAAAUUUCACCUUAAAGCCUUUCAUUCCCUAGAUUUCAAAAUCAAUUCUCCUUACAUACAUUGUAAAUUUAUACAUUACUGAGAAUGUAAAUUCUGAAAACUUUACUGCUCAAGAUCAGCAAAUUUCCAAUACUUUCCAGGACCUCCAGUCUUUUUCUAGGACUUUCCAGUGCAAGAGAAAUGUCAAAUAAAAUCCCAGAACUUUCCAGGUUUUUCAGGACCUGUACAAAUCCUAGCAAAGGAACACAUGCUGGAGUGCUAAAAAUGAGUACCUACUCAUUGGAAAGCUUGCAAGGAACAUUUAACCCCUAAGAGUGGCUAACACCUAAUUUCUCCUUACAACAUCACCACUAAAUCAAACAUUAAGGUCAUGAGAAUAAAGCAGAUCACCAACUAAAGAAGCUAUUGAUUGUUGAACAAAUUCUCCUCACCAGAACCCUAAGAAAUGUCUAGAAAAUAGUAUGGAGAAUAUGCAUACUGAUGUUAGGGAGUACAGGGUUAAGGGACCUUUUACAAUAAGUCAGUUAAUUUGUUUUGUGACUUUCUCCUGAGUCAAUUAACAAUUGAAAUUGUCUCCACAGAUCCCAGCUUAUCUCAGCACCUUUAGAUCAGAUCAAGCUAAAGAUUCUGCUUUCAAACACCAUGCAACAGACAGCACCUCACGACAGGGAGUUUUUGGUCAUGGAAUAUACGAACCUGCUAAGAGCUAA